GUCCACGCUGCACUGAAACAUACAGAAACUUGGCUCAUCACCAAUGGCGGAUGUUUCGCUUAUUUGGGGUUUACUGAAAGAAGCUCUGGCUGUUGUGGGAAAGGGUCUAGAAUACAAGAGCACUCGCAAGAAUCUCGAGUCAGCUGUGGAGGACUUGAGCCCGUUGGUUGAAAAGAUCGAACAUUCCAUGAAGCAGAUGGAUCUGCCAACUAAACAUAUAGAGAAACUGAAAAGGAUAUUAGCAGACAACAAAGAGGCUCUUGGAAAGCACAAAAUCCAUUGGUGGAGUUGCGUCCUUGCGCCGUAUUCUCAGAGAAAACUAUCCGAAGGGUUCACUUCCCUGGAACGCAACAUCUCUGUUGACAUACAAAUUCUCACGCUUCAGCAAUUGACUGACAUCCUCUCGAUCCUGAGUUCUCAAGGUAGUGGCCUUGGAAUCCCAACCAAUUCAGCUCUGAACACACACAAUGUCGGGACACAGAUUUUCAAGGAUCAUCUUGAUGAAAGAUUAUUCCCCCGAUUUACUGUGGGAUUGGAUGGCCCUUCUAUGGAAGAGUUGAAGGAUAAGCUGCUUCAUGGUGAUGAGCGGGUUCUGAACUUGUAUGGUUUACCAGGAUCCGGGAAGACCACUAUGGCGAAAAAACUCUGUCUUGAUCUCCAAGUCGAAGGCAAAAUUCAAGUCCAAUAUCAUCUUUGAGCCGUUGGGUUCACAGAUUCAAAGCAAUGAGACAGAGAUAAUCAACAAGUUGCAGGAUCAACUGUCCAAAAAUGGCGGAAAUCCAGUACUGUUGGUAUUGGAUGAUGUUUGGCCUCGCUUAGAAAAUAUUGUUGAUAAGAUAUAUCUAAGAUCACCAUAUUCUAGAAUUUUGGUGACUUCUAGAGCUCAAAUCAGAUCAGUUAAAACCCGAUACCCUAUGGAUUUGCUCAGCGAGAAAGAUGCAGAAAAACUUCUCCGUCACUUAGUUCAAUCGAGCAACAUCGAUUUUGAUGAGCCAGCAAGACGUGAAAUUCUUCUCCAGAUAGCAAAAGGUUGUGAGGGCUUACCAUUGGCUCUUGAAUUCAUCGGCGGCAAACUCCGAGGGAAGGACAUUGAAGCGUUUCAGAAGGUGCAGUUAGAAUGGUCGCGAGGUGGCUCAAUUCUUGAUUCAAAUGCAGAGUUGCUUCGCCAUCUCCAAAACACGUUGCAUCUUUUGGUAGAUGAAUCCAUCAAGGAGUGUUUUAUGGACCUUGGUUUAUUUCCUGAAGAUCAUAAAGUCCCCAUUACUGCACUGAUAGACAUGUGGAUUGAACUGUAUGACCUAAAUGAGCCAAGAAACAUAGAUGCAAUAUCUUCAUCAAAGAAUUAGUGGCCAUGAAUUUGGCCGCCGGAAUCAAAAUUAGAAGCAGGAUGGUUGGAAUGGAAGUGGACAAUUACUACAAUAACCACUUCCUCGUGCAGCAUGAUCUUUACAGAGAGCUAGCCAUUGAUUUGAGUGAACAAGAACCAUUAGAGAAUAGAAGGAGAUUGAUCAUUGACAUGAAUGGGAAUAUCCCUCCACAAUGGUGGCCUUAUCCUGUCACUAUCAACAGAUCAAAAGGUCACUCCAGGCUGGUGCAACAUUCAAGGACCUAGAGCUGUGGUUCUGGUUUUGAAUCUUAAGACUAUAGAAUACAUUUUACCUGAAUUCAUCAAGGAAAUGAAAAAUCUUAAAGUUCUUAUAGUCACCAAUUAUGGUUUCUGCACCACUGAGUUAAAGAACCUGGAACUGCUUGGUUCUUUGUUGAGCCUCAAGAGAAUCAGAUUGCAGCAAGUUUCAGUUCCAUCUCUAUGUGAUCUGAAGAAUGUGCACAAGCUGUCACUUUACAUGUGUGAAGUUGAGAAUGCUUUUGAGAACAGCUCCAUUGACUUCUCAGAAGCAAUGCCAAAACUGGAAGACUUGAGCAUUGAGUAUUGCAAAGAUUUGGUGAAGUUGCCGACUGGGCUCUUCAAUAUUGCUGCUCUUAGGAACCUCACUAUUAGCAACUGCCACAAAUUUAUCGGACUGCCAGAAGAAAUUGAAAAGCUUGAGAAAUUGAAAUUACUGAGGAUUAGUUACUGUGCUGAUAUUGAAGAAAUGCCAAAGUCAAUCACAAAGCUCAAGAGUCUAAGCUUUCUGGACAUGUCAUUCUGUGUAAGCCUUAAAAGAUUACCGGAAGAAAUUGGUGAGCUGCAGAAUCUGAAAAAGCUUUAUAUGGCGGGCUGCCCUGUACUUGAAUUGCCAAAAUCAAUCACGGAUGUUGGGAAGUUAGAGAGUGUGAUAUGCGAUGAGUAUGCAUAUCCGUUGUGGGAAGUUAUCAAAUAUCGCUUUUCUGGACUCAGCAUAAAGACGGUCACCAUGGAGAUUAGCUUGAAUUGGCUUUCCUGAAUUUGGUUGUUUGUUUGCUUUCUUAGUUGUCGUUUGAAUAAAUGAUAUAUUUGUGUCUACUGGAAGAUAUAAUCUCCUCUUUUCCCCUAUGAGAGAAAAGGGACGGUGGUGUACAGGAAGUUUUGAAAAAAGAUGGAAUGAUGGUGUAUU